CUCCCUGCAGGUGCCUUUAAUGGCUUAAACCACUCGAUUGUGGUCAUUGUCGAACUCGCCCGUGCUUCUGUCUGGACUAUACACCCCGUGAGGGCCAGGCCCAAGUCUCAGCCAUAUCUACACCCAGAAUAGACUGAGGUGGAUUUACCCUGCACCGCGAGAGACAGCCUGGGGACAGCCUGGGCCCAGCCAGGUUAAUCGGUCUUCACAAGGUCAGACCCUUCUAAUCAGCUUGAGCCUCCUAAUCCAUCACUAGGAGGAGCCUCCGGACACACAGCAGCAGUUUGGGAGAGCUGGCAGGGGCCGCCCUGGCCUGCUUCUGCGGACUCUGUCUGGGAGGGGAUGGGGCAGCCGAGCCAUGUGCACCACGCUCCUCCUGCUCAGCACCCUGGCUAUGCUCUGGCGCCGACGAUUUGGCAACCGGGUUCAUCCAGAGCCCAGCGAAGUAGAUGGGGCAGUUAUGGGCAGCAGCUUGGAAGCAGACCCCCCGCCCGCAGGCAGGUAAGGCAGAAGAGUCUGCGGUGGAGGAGGGAGGGGGCUGCCGAGGAGGCCGCCGCUGUCGCGCCCGUCCACGCCUGGGGGUGUACGUGGGGUGUGCGCCCGCCUGCACUGAACGCCGACCCCUCGCCCCCGCUCCCUGUCUGCCUGGCGGCAGGCUCAGUGUUUUCUCCAGUUGGGAAGGGAGGCUCCCGGCCUCUUCCCUGGACCAAAGCUGCUGUGCCUUGCAGGUCCGAGGGUGCAGGGCGGUCCCCAGGGUCCCUUCUGUAGAAGGCUCUGGGGGUGUG